CUCUACCCUGCUGCUCUUAUCUCUCACUCACGUGCACACGAGCACAGCCGACGUCCACGCGCAGGGUUUCGGCUGCUGUUGCUAUGACGCAACGGCGCCUGCGCCGCAGGGAGCAGCGGGGAGUUGAAUGAGUCAAGUCCCCGGUCUGGAGGAGUUUGCCACCGUCAGGAGGGCGGCUGAGAGCAGGGAGGCCGACAGAGCAGGGAGGCCGACAGAGCAGAUCCGCAGCGGACGAUGGACGUCCACAACACGGGGCCGUGCGCUAGCCUCUGAGCUAGCCGUGUCAUGACGCGUGGCCGUGGAGUCUUUUCUCACACAUCUGCAGCCAGAGCACCACCACCACCUCUACUACCACACUAUACGCUCGCCUAGAGGGGCUGAUCCUUGCUGAUCUGGUCCUCUGAAGGGCUGAAGACUUUAACUCGGGUCGCCAUGGCUGAGAGGACCUCCAGCGGUCCGCUGAUGGAGCCGCCGGCCGCCGCCGCCGUCGCCCUCCCGGCUGCCGCGGUGACACUCCCGGCCGAGGUCCGGGAGCGGCUGGCCGAGCUGGAGUUGGAGCUCUCUGAAGGGGACAUAACUCAGAAAGGCUAUGAGAAGAAGAGGGGGAAGCUGCUGGCGCCGUACAUCCCACAGAUACAAGGUGUAGACCCUUCCCUGCAGCGGGACCACCGGAUCCAGGUCUCUGCGCAGGCCCCCCUCCCUGGAAACAAAAACCCCAAGUCCCGGGCCACCAAUACCAGGGAUGAGCGCUUCAGGUCAGACCUGCACACAGAAGCCGUCCAAGCAGCCUUGGCCAAGUACAAAGAGAGGAAGAUGCCCAUGCCCUCCAAGAGACGCUCGGUGCUAGUUCAGUCCUCCGUCGAGGCAUGCACCCCCCCAGUGACACGGUCCCCCCUCUCUCUCCACCUUAACACAGACACAUCGUCGGCUUCGGAGGACGAGGGGUCGCUACGGCGACAGGGCCGCCUGACCACGGCCACCGCCCCGUUCCCGGGCCUCGCCCACCCCGGGGCGGAGCACUGGUUCAACCGCGUCAUCCAGGGCUCCUCCUCCACCACCUCAUCCUCCGCCUCCUCCACCUCAUCCCACCCCGGGGGACGGGGGGCCAACAGCAACACCACCGGCAACACCUCCACCAUCCCCGCCAACAACACCGCCCUCACCGCCAACAACACCACCAACAACACCGCCGUCACCUCCAACAACACCUCCGUCACCGCCAACCACAGCAGUGGCGGCGGGCACGUGCUCAACGCCAACGCCCUGGCCGACCUCAUGGCCCACACCCAGCUAGAUAACCACUGGGUCCCCCCCGACGUGACAGGGCUGUCGGAGCGCUCCCAGGGGGGCUCCACGAGGGCCGCUCCCCAGGGACAUCACCACCACGCUGGUGUCAUGGAAACGGCAGAUGGGGUCCCGGUCAACAGCCGCGUCUCCUCUAAGAUCCAGCAGCUCCUCAACACCCUGAAGCGGCCCAAGCGACCCCCCCUCAGGGAGUUCUUCCUGGACGACUUCGAAGAGCUUCUGGAUGUCCAACAGCCUGACCCUCACCAGCCCAAGCCCGAGGGCCAGCAGAUGGGGCCCCUGGAGGGUGAGCCUCUGGAGGGGGGGGGGGGCCACCGGCCUCCCUCCCUGCUGGCAGCCCUCCAGCGCUGGGGGUCCACCCAGCCCAAGAGCCCCUGUCUGACCGCACUGGACAACUCGGGCAAGGCCGUCUACACACUCACCUACGGUAAACUGUGGAGCCGCAGUCAGAAGCUGGCCUACAGCCUGCUGAACAAGCUGAGCAGCAGGAAUGAGCCGCUGCUGCUGCCUGGGGACAGAGUGGCGCUGGUGUUCCCGAACAGCGACCCGGUGAUGUUCAUGGUGGCGUUCUACGGCUGUCUGCUGGCCCAGCUGGUGCCUGUGCCCAUCGAGGUGCCUCUCACUCGGAAGGACGCGGGCAGCCAGCAGGUGGGCUUCCUGCUGGGAAGCUGUGGUGUGACGCUGGCGCUGACCACGGACGCCUGCCAGAAGGGCCUGCCCAAAUCCCAGACCGGGGAGGUGGCUGCCUUCAAAGGUUGGCCCCGGUUGCUGUGGUUUGUGACAGACAGCAAGCACGUUGUGAAGCCCCCCAAGGACUGGUACCCCCCCAUCCAGGAGGCCAGCAACUACAUUGCCUACAUCGAGUACAAGACCAGCAAGGAGGGCAGCACCAUGGGCAUCACCGUGACCCACGCGGCCAUGCUGGCCCACUGCGAAAGCCUGACCCAGGCCUGCGGCUACGCUGAAGCGGAGACCAUCACCAACGUGCUGGACUUCAAGAGGGAGGCGGGGCUGUGGCACGGGGUCCUCACGAGUGUUAUGAACCGAAUGCACGUGAUCAGCAUCCCCUACUCCUUGAUGAAGGUCAAUCCACUCUCCUGGAUCCAGAAGGUGCACACCUACAAGGCCCGGGUGGCGGUGGUGAAGUCCCGGGACAUGCACUGGUCCCUGCUGGCCCAGAGGGACCAGAGGGACCUCAGCCUGAGCUCCCUGCGCAUGCUGAUCGUAGCGGACGGAGCCAACCCCUGGUCGAUCUCCUCCUGCGAUGCCUUCCUCAACGUGUUCCAGGCUCGCGGUCUGCGUCCUGAGGUCAUCUGUCCGUGUGCCAGCUCUUCAGAAGCCAUGACUGUCGCCCUCCGCAGACCCCCAGAGUCGGGGGUGCCCCCCCCGGGGAAGGCGGUGCUCUCCAUGGGUGGGCUGAGCCACAGCGUGAUCCGCGUCGACACGGAGGAGAAGCUGUCGGUGCUGACCGUCCAGGACGUGGGUCAGGUGAUGCCCGCAGCCCUGGUGUGUGUGGUGCGGGUUGAGGGCACGCCGUACCUGUGCCAUACGGACGAGGUGGGGGAGAUCUGCGUGAGCUCGGCCAGCACCGGCACCGCCUACUACGGCCUGCCGGGCAGGACCAAGAACGUCUUUGAGACCAUCCCAGUAAAGCUGUCUGGGAUCCCAGUGAGCGACCGGCUGUUCACACGCACAUCGCUACUGGGCUUCGUGGGUCCGGACAGCCUGGUGUUCGUGGUGGGGAAGAUGGACGGCCUCAUGGUGGUCAGCGGGCGGAGACACAAUGCAGAUGACGUGGUUGCCACGGCGCUGGCCGUGGAGCCCAUGAAGUUUGUCUACAGGGGGAGGAUAGCGGUGUUUUCCGUGGCCGUGCUCCACGAUGAGAGGAUCGUGGUGGUGGCGGAGCAGCGGCCUGACGCCUCCGAGGAGGACAGCUUCCAGUGGAUGAGCCGCGUGCUGCAGGCCAUCGACAGCAUCCACCAGGUGGGGGUGUACUGUCUGGCGCUGGUCCCCGCCAACACGCUGCCCAAGGCCCCACUGGGGGGCAUCCACAUCUCGGAGACCAAGCAGCGCUUCCUGGAGGGCUGCCUGCACCCCUGCAACGUGCUCAUGUGCCCCCACACCUGCGUCACUAACCUGCCCAAGCCCCGGCAGAAACAAGCCGAGGUCGGUCCUGCUUCCAUGAUAGUGGGAAACCUGGUUGCUGGGAAGAGGAUCGCCCAGGCCUGCGGGAGAGACCUGUCCCAGCUGGAGGACAAUGACCAGGCACGUAAGUUCCUGUACAUGCAGGACGUGCUCCAGUGGAGAGCUCAGGCCACCCCUGACCACCCUCUCUUCCUGGUGCUCAACGCCAAGGGCGCGGUGGUCAGCUCCGCCUCGUGUCUACAGCUCCACAAGAGAGCCGAGAGGGUUGCCGUGGCACUCACGGAGAAAGGUCGCCUGAACGCCGGUGAUCAUGUUGCUCUGGUGUACCCGCCAGGCAUCGACCUGAUCGCCACCUUCUACGGCUGCCUGUAUGCUGGCUGCGUCCCGGUCACCGUGAGACCCCCCCACCCCCAGAACCUGGCAACCACCCUGCCCACCGUCAAGAUGAUCGUAGAGGUCAGUAAGUCAGUGUGUAUCCUGACGACUCAAGCAAUAAUGAAGCUGCUCAAAUCCAAAGAGGCUGCUGCCGCCGUAGACGUUAAAAGCUGGCCUAUGGUCCUGGACACAGACGACCUUCCCAGGAAGAGGACCCCCCAGCUCUACAAGCCCCCCACCCCGGAGAUGCUGGCCUACCUGGACUUCAGUGUCUCCACCACGGGCAUCCUAGCAGGAGUCAAGAUGUCCCAUGCUGCCACCAGUGCCUUGUGUCGCUCCAUCAAGCUCCAGUGUGAGCUCUACCCCUCCAGGCAAAUCGCCAUCUGUCUGGACCCCUACUGUGGCCUGGGCUUUGCUCUCUGGUGCCUCUGCAGUGUGUAUUCAGGCCACCAGUCCAUCCUGGUGCCCCCUCUGGAGCUGGAGACCAACGCGUCUCUGUGGCUGUCUGCCGUCAGCCAGUACAAGGUCCGCGUGACCUUCUGCUCCUACUCCGUCAUGGAGAUGUGCACCAAGGGGCUGGGCUCGCAGACCGAGGCCCUGAGGCUGAGGAACGUCAACCUAUCCUGCGUGCGGACGUGCAUGGUGGUGGCGGAGGAGAGGCCGCGCAUCUCCCUCACCCAGACCUUCUCUAAGAUCUUCAAGGACUUGGGGCUCUCCACCAGAGCCGUCAGCACCACCUUUGGGUGCCGUGUCAACGUGGCCGUCUGCCUGCAGGGCACGGCAGGACCGGACCCCACCACGGUCUACGUGGACAUGAGGGCCCUCCGGCACGACAGGGUCCGUCUGGUAGAGAGGGGGUCACCUCACAGCCUUCCACUGAUGGAGUCUGGGAAGAUCCUGCCUGGCGUUAAGGUGAUCGUGGCCAACACAGAGACCAAGGGGCCCCUCGGGGACUCCCACCUUGGAGAGAUUUGGGUGAGCAGCCCCCACAAUGCAACGGGGUACUACACCGUGUACGGAGAGGAGGCGCUGCACACGGACCACUUCAACACCAGACUCUGCUUUGGAGACACAGUCACCAACUGGGCCAGGACGGGCUACCUGGGCUUCCUGCGUCGCACAGAGCUGACCGACGCCAGCGGAGAGCGCCACGAUGCCCUCUAUGUGGUGGGCUCCCUGGACGAGACGCUGGAGCUGAGGGGGAUGCGGUACCACCCCAUCGACAUCGAGACCUCCGUUAUCAGGGCCCACAAGAGCAUCGCUGAGUGCGCGGUGUUCACCUGGACCAACCUGCUGGUGGUGGUGGUGGAGCUGGAGGGCUCUGAGCAGGAGGCCUUGGACCUGGUGGCCCUGGUCACCAACGUGGUGCUGGAGGAGCACUACCUGAUUGUGGGCGUGGUGGUGGUUGUGGACCCCGGCGUCAUCCCCAUCAACUCACGUGGGGAGAAGCAGCGCAUGCACCUCAGGGACGGCUUCCUGGCCGACCAGCUGGACCCCAUCUAUGUGGCCUACAACAUGUGAGGCGUUGGGGCAGUGUGGCGCCACCGGUAGAGGCCUGUGCCCUUCAGGAAGUCCAGCGUUGCAGGAGGACGAGGUUAGGAGGGCUGCGGGUCAUCAGACGGGGGAGGGAAAGGUCAGAAGGCUGAACAUCACAGGCCCAAACUCCUCUAAAGGACUGGGAGCAGCUUUUGGUUGGGGUUCAGCUGGGAUGUGUUUGUGCUGCAGAACUCCCAUGGUCAGGGGAAGCAUUGAGUAGCUCUCAGAGCCGUUCACACCACACCAUGUCUGCUCUGUGGUUUAGAACGGCUGUGUUCUGCCAUCAGUUUUGUCGUCGGGCCCCUUGAACCUAAAUCUGUUUGACUCUCAUCUGUGUUUUUUCUGAAAUCUAUUUGGUUCCCAAUGUUAUGAAAAACUCGUUCUGUCUGGAGUCAGUGAUAAUUCAUGUGGAAGAAUGGGUGUUUUCUUAAAGAAAGAUUUUAUUACAGACUAUCAAGCGAAAGGCUACACGCUAAUUGAAACGCUACGAUAUUUGGUUCCCAAUAAGGUUUGGCUAAAUUGUCCUCAUGUGUUUAUCUAAUGUCGAUCAUCAUGUUUGUAAAUCAUCAAUCCUGUUUCUUAACGUUAAAGGAUCUGGGUUUCUCAUGAUUUCUCGUGAAUUUCUUCAUGUUAAAAGUGCAGCAGAUUGUUUUCGUAACACAACACACUUUUUUGAAAAUGAAAACCCUCUGCUGCGGAUGAGUUUUCAUCGAUUUUGCUUUAUAUUCUUUCCUAUAGUCCCAUGAUUUGAUCAAAUAAAAUGCAAUACAACCAAUAUGGAAGUUGCAAGAUCACAGCAAUGCAUUCAAUACCAUAAUCCAUUAUAUAAGGAUGUUUAUAGAAGAUAUAUAUUUAUACAUAGGGAUCAUUGUGUACAACACUGUUUAUUUCUUCUUGUCGUUAACCUCGUCCCACUUGGUUUGUCACAGAUAUGUUGUGUGGAUGUCUCAACUCUCUGCCGUCAUCAGUCAUUCUGGAUGUUGCCAACAAAGUUUGAUUUUGUUCUGUUCUUGAUUUGCAUGUGCUGUAUGAGUCCGAUUUGUGAUAGGCUGUACCAGACCCCCCCCCCUCCCCCUUCAUAAUAUCUAAUGAAUAUUAAAUAUGUAAGAUAACUUUUAUUUUUUAUUUUAAAUCCACUUUGAAGACAGGCUUCAGGCCUGCUGUAAGUAUGUACAGGAUUUGUGUAAGUUAUUAAGAGACUAUCGACGGACACUCCUGGUAGGUUCAUAACAAAGACUGGAUCUAGUGAACCAUGAACUGCCCGCUCACCUGAACUGCAGACAUGGUUGGAGUGUUUUUCUACUGAAUGACCUUCAGGCUGUGUCCUAUGGCUUCAGUCAAAUAAAGAAGAUUCCAUGCAGACUCUGGGAUGCUUCUGCUCCGAGAGGACUUACUCCUCAUUGGACCAUGAGAAGAUGCAAUUGUCUGGCGUGUGGUUGGUUGUCAUUAUUUUUCAUACCAUAAUUUCUUAUUAAAAGAAAACUUUACUUAUACAA